GAUGCAACAUGGCGGCCAUAGUGGAUGGAGAUGGAAGGUACCUGAAGACAUUUCUGGUUUGAAAUAUGUUUAUCGAGCGUAAUUAUCUGUACCUUUUAUAUGGUUUAUAUUAACCAUAAGUCUAUUCCAUAAAUUUGCAGCUAUUCUCUCGAAGAAGAGAUUGAAUUAUUGUCGGCUAUUUACAUUCACGAGUUAACAGUGGAAAGUGAAAAGGAGAGGUAAGCGCGCAGCGCCUAAACAUCUCCUUUAUAGAUAAUUACCGAUGGAGAAGGCUGUUUGGGUUGAUUAUGUCUGUGCAUAAGGUUAGAGAUUAUUGUUAACUACAUAACAGUCCGAUAAGUGUAGGUAUAAAGAGGGCAUGGUACACGUACAUGGUUCUUAAUUUUUUUUUGAUACUGGUAAUAGCACUAACCAUGGUUUUAUUUUUGUUUGUUACUAUUUUCCAAAACGGAAAGGCUACCAAGCCUGUUUUGCAAUACAUAAUGCUAAAUGUGACCGCCAGUGAUUUUCCUUUUAACUUUUUUUUCUUCUACUUUUCUUUCACUAAAGGUUUAGUGGCAAUUCUGUUAUCCACUGGAUUUUUCAUUUUAAGCACUUUUACUCAUGAAUACUAUCAUGAUAAGGAGCGUGGAGGAAAGACUGGUUUCUCUACCCUAAAAUCCAAGAAAUACCAAAAUGCUUUUUCUGGAUUUUUUCCUUCUUUCAGACCCACAGCUGUUAGUGUUCUGCUUCAUCCAAGCACAGGAGAUGAGGAGGACAAGCGUUUUGUAUGUCUAACAUUACUUAUUCACCUUCCAAAAAAGGUAUGUAACUCUAUAGUGUAGGAUAUUUCUUGGUGACUCAGCCCUCAGCUAAGGUCUAGAGACAGAGUGAAUUGACUUGUUUCAACAAAUAGUUUUUCUUAAAAAGAAAACAGGGACUUACAUAUGUGAUCACUACCAUAUACCUAUUUAACAUAAGUUCGAAUGAACUUCUUGAAUUAGAAAGACUAUUACAGGAGAGUUAUGGUAUGCCCUCCCAUUCUCCUGAUCUUUUACCCAGAUCUUUGUAUAUUCCACAGUUUGAAACUGCUGUUAAGUUUUUCGCUUCCAUCUUAUAAGCCUUAAAAUUUCCCUCUUUUUUUUCUUGCUUAUUUUACUUGUUAAAGUUAUAAGUAUCAUUCUUUGCUACAAUUGUUAUAUCACAAAAUCAAUUUUAUAUCAACCUUGCGGUAAUAUUUAUCGUCAUAUUUAACAGUAUCCGUGUGAAUUACCUUCCAUUCACAUCAAGACACCCAGAGGAUUAUCUGAAGCCCAUGUUGACAGGUAGCAAAAUUUAACAAUUGUUUGAUUCUUCAACAUUGUAAGAAAUCAAGGGCAUGCUGAUAAGCAAUGAUCAUUAGAAAUUCCUUGGAUUGGUGAGUUAAGAGCAUUCAAUGACCACUUCCUUUUGGUAACCUGAGAAGCCCUUUUUUUCAUUUUUUAACUCCAAAUACACAAAUGUUUGAAUAUUUUUGUAAACUGGGACAACAUGUUGACUUUGCAUUGAUUUCUCAAAGCAUGUAUAAAGACAGUGUCACCUACUUGAACAAGUGUUCGUCAGAGUCGUUAACCCUUUAACUCCCAGAAGUGAUUAACAUAAAACUUCUCCCUACAAUAUCCAUACAUUCUUUAGCACACAGGUAAUGAGGAUAUUCAAACUUAUCAGGUAGAAGCUGUUAUCUUGAUCUAGCACCAAGUUCUCCUAACUAAUUUACAAGGAAAUGUGUAGCAGCUACAGGGGAGAAUUAGCAAUCAGAUCUUAGGAGUUAAAGCAUUAACUUGAAAGGUCGCAUAUUAAGUAAGAAGAUUCUACACUUCCAGCUUUUAAAAUCGAAUGAUUCUGAUGGCCAUGUUUUUGUGCAUUUUGUAGCAUUUUGGUCAACCUUAGAGCACUUGCAGAGGGUUGUCUUGGAAGACCUAUGUUGUAUGAACUUAUUGAGGUCAGUUCAUUGAAUCGAUUGAUUGGUUUACACUGUAGGUUAAGUGAAAUGAAGUGGUUGAUUCUAAAUACAAUCUUGUUAAAGGAAAAGACUUUUGUGUUUGUGUACUCUAUAGCAUUAAUUACUAUUGUCAUCACUACUAAGUGUAGAGAAAUAGUUUCCUUUGCAUGAACUCUUUUGCAGCAUGCCAAGGACAGUUUAACUGACAAUAACAUGCCCAGCUGUGCUUGUGCCAUUUGCCUCAGCCAUUUUCAGGUGAGUUUAGGAAAAUGUUUUUUGAAACCUUAAUCAAUAGUUAGUUUCAAUAUGUGAUGGUAAAGAUUAUUCAUAAAUCAAGUUUUAGAUAAAAGAAAUAUAGCCACCUCUCCAACCCAACUUGAAAAGAUGUCAAAAACAUUUCACAAAGUCCUGGUCAUCAAAUAUAAUAGUUUAAGUUUUGCCUAGCAAAUACAUUCUACCUGGUAAACUUCAGAAUUGAAAUGGUCAGAAUUAUAUCAAAAGCCACAUUCUGCUUGCUCAGCUAACAACAUUUAUAGCUGAACCAUUUAUCCAUUAUCAUGUUAGACCACAAUAUUUACUUGCUAAACCGAAGGUCAAGUAGAGUUUCAGUUAAUGCAAGAGUAUGAAGUAUGUGGGUGAAGUCUCUGUUAUUUUCCAACCGUCUGUUACAGUCAGUGUUGAAAAGUCUUCAGUCCACUCUUGUCACUUUUAUGGUGACUUUCAUGCAUGAGGUUUGAUCACAGCAACAACACUUUUAACAUUUUUUUUUUCAUUCCUCAAUGUAUACAGGAUACACACAAAUUUACAAAGACAGAGUGUUACCAUUACUUUCACUGUGGCUGCUUAGCAAGAUUCAUAGAAUUUUCUCUCCAACUAGAAAAGGAAACUGAAGAUGACACAAAGGUGAUUUUAUCAAAUUAGUUUUUUAAAUAGUAGUGAUCAAGCAGAUAUUGGAAGGGUUACUAGGUUCCAAACAAUUGCACAAGAUUUUAAUCACAGAAAAGCUUGUGCAUGAAGCAGACUUAAAAAUUUUCCCUUUAAAUGGGUAUACUUUAUCCCAUAUUAUAUCUCCAACUUUUCAAUCAAAAAAGGAAACAUUAUGAAGAUGACCACAAAGGUGAGUUUAUCAAAUUAGACAAAUUUUUUUAAACCACAAAAAAUUUUAAGUAGUAAUCUAAGCAGUUUUGCAUAACAGCAUUUUCAGCUGAACCAGUAUAUAUUGUACUGCUGUUGUACUAGUCAGGAAAACAAUAAAUUGGUAAAUGUAUUGUCAAAUUUGUAGGUAGAGUGUCCUAUGUGCCGGAUGGCAAUUGCUUACAACCUUGAAGAACUCAAGGCUCUGGCUUCUAAUGAUGUGAAUGAGGAGAAGGUUUGUUGAUAAUAAUUGCUUACUUUGUCAUAUCAUUUUCCAUCAAACUUUAGUUUGUCUUUUGACCAACUUCUAUCUUGAGAUAUGACAGUUCUGUUUGAUGUUUAUAAUUCGUGUACAGGACUGCAAACACCUUCGUCAUACUGAGUGAUGUUCAAUGAUAAAAUUGAAUCCCUUUGACCAGUUCUAUCCUUCUUUUCAUUUUUCAUAUGCUAAGGUUGUUGCGUUGUGCUUUUUCUAAACUAAUUCUCUUUCAGUCAUGGAAUGACCAGACUAAUUCUUUUGUGAGUCAAGGGAUGAUAACAAAAGUGACGAAUCUCCAAACACGUUUUUGUCCGAUACGAAGCUUAUUUAAAGUUUAUCUCUUGUUUAGUUUGUUUACAAACCCAGUGAAGAAAUCAAGAAACUCCAGAGAGAAAUGUCCUCGCUGUAUGAAAAACAAAAAAGGAAAGGAGGAGUGAUUGACUUGGAAAAAGAAAGAAACAGAUUUUUGAUCGAUAUAACGUCGGUAUGUAUUGUAAUUGCCACAGCGGACAAGUUGACUUAAUUUGCCUCACUCCUUUUCCCAUUCAAAGUAAUAGUUUACUUGCUUGAAUCGCCGCGGAAAAACGCAAGUGACGAAGGUGGAGAUUUAUUUUAACUUCGACAUCUUAUUGGGUUGAGAUGGUGGUGGCGCUAGUUUUGUGAACCAAUCACAGCGAAGUAAAGUAAAACCGAAGCAAUCCAAGAUCACUUUCGAUACUAAACUGAAAACUGCUCUAAUUGUGAUCAUUGUUAUAAGCGUGAAGAUGAAAGCGAUCUUCGCUGCAAUGAACACUACUAGAGCAGUAGUGAAAAUCAGGCCUGUACGGGAUUUGAACCCAUGACCUUUUUAUCAGGCCUUAUUUUCACUACUGCUCAAGUGGUGUUCAUUACUGCGAAGAUCGCUUUUAUAUUCACGUCUUUAUCCGCAGUUUAAAUAUAUGACUUUCAUAUAUUCACAAUCGUUUAUUGUUAUGAGCGUCGCCUUUUUCAUCAGCGGUGACAUUAUCAACCUUACUUACUGGGGCUUCAAAGAUUUCAAUCUUGAAUUACAUUUUGCUACGUCUUUAUUAAAGCAUUUUUAACGAUUUUCGUUUUGUGCUGAGAGAGUUAUGCUUAUACCACAAGUGUUACAUCUCUCUCUAGUAGAUUAUUUCUGAUCUGCAGCUGUAAUGAGGAUGAAUGAUCUCAAAAGAAAAAUUGUGCUCAGUGAAUAUUGGUGGAGCUUGGUGGUUGCAUUUGAGGUAGCACGGUUGUUUAGCGACGCUGCUUACUAAUCUUUCUUCAGGGUAUCAUGAUCUUCAUAGGUGGAUUUCUUGAAAUUUUUCCUGUUCUUAGAACCUUGUUACUCACGCCUAAUCAUUUUUUUUGCUCAACAGGUUCGUCAGGAGGAGGAGGCAGUACAUGGAAACGAGCCCUCUUCGGGGCCCGAGACAGCAGAUAUAAUAAAUAACUCCUCAGCAGAACUCACUCAAAAUAAUCCUCCCAAGCAGGGAGGCAUAGCUGGAGAAACCAGCCAAUUAGGUAAUGUUGUCUAUAAAGACAGAUCAGAUGGUAAGAAAGAGUUCUUGAAGCACUCAGAAACCACUCGGACUCGUCAGCACUCCGAACACAAAACUAGAAAUCGAUCGGGCGAAGAUAAAUCGGACCAUUUUGGAAAAAGAAUCGACAGAAAACGCCAGUUCACUAAUAAUAGGUCGAAAACUUCCGAACAGAGGCUAAAGAAGAAAGAACCUGUAAAACCUUCUGAAAAUCUGGGGGGGGGCUUCGCGCUUUGGAACGAAGAUAAAUCAGAGAGCUCUCAAACCCAACUUGAAACGAAGGUGAACACUCCUUCAGACAACGUGGAGAAUGCUGUGACGAACGUCAGCAACGGGAGCAGAAAUAGUGGCUCGUCACAAAAUUUCCACGGAGAAAAGCCAAGAUCUGCCAGGCGGGGAAGAGGGAAGUCUAGUAGAGGCAGGUUUUCCACUGCCAGUACCCACGGAACCACGGAGGGUGGAGGGGCUGCCAAUACACACGAGACCUCUUCUGGAGAAGUGGUUGGGAAACUAUCCGAAGGGGCUGCGCCAUCAGACAGUGGCAAGGCUAAACCCGAGAAAAAAAGCGUUGACCAGCAACUCAAGGAAAAUCGAAGCGACAAACGAAAACAGACAAACAGGAAACACAAAGUUCGCAAAUCACCCCCAGGUUUUGAGAAUAUUAAGACCGAUGAAGGAGGAUGCGUGCAAACCACAAAUAAUUAUAGACCCUCUCUGUGGUUUGAACACCGUUACUCUGCACCUUCCCCAGGGCUUGGCUACCCAGUAGAAGUAGCAGGGCAGAUGACAAGUCCGCUAGUCACAAGCUGAACAAUGGCAGCUUGCAAAAUCAGAAUUGUUUUGUUUAUUUCCGUUCCAGUUAAAACUUAGUUAGUUUGUGAUAAAACCGUAGCAUUGAAUUGGGUUGAAAAUAAUUCUUACUGGAAUGCUUCACUCUCAAGAAAUGUGAAGGAAAAACUUGUAGUCUAAAAGCGGCUCGUUCUACUGAUUAGAUUGGAAAUUAAUGUCCACUUUAGCCAGAGAAACUUUUGUUGUCUUAAUUUUUUUUUCUUUUUAGGUAUCGCAGGUAGGGCUGUAAAAGUUUAGGGCGUAGCCCCAUGUGCUCACUGACGCCAUCAAUAGAAGUAAGCUAGGUAUACUGAUUAACUCAUUAACUCAUUAACCGAUUUCGUGCGGGGGGGGGAAAUUGCGUACUUAAUGCAAGACGCGGAGAAAAUGGGUAACUGCAGCAAAGAAGUGAUGGUAGCCUU